AUGCCACUCCAUCAUCUACCAAAUGAACUGAUACUGUUGAUCGCCGAGAACUUGAAGUCGAAUGCGGAUCUCAAUAGUUUGAUUCAACCCAGCGCCCACCUUUGCAAAUUGCUUGACCCCCUCUUCUACCUCCGGGAUGCCACAUCUUAUCAACCAAAGGCAAUAUUGCGUGCGGCUGAGAAAGGGAAUGAUAACACAGCUCGAAAGUUAUUAGAAGCAGGGUUAGAUCUUGACUGCUGCUUUUAUUGGGGUAAAACGCUAUUGUGCUCAGUGGCGGAAAACGGCAACGAUAAAGCCGUCAAGCUGCUUCUCGCUUAUGAUAAGAGUGUUGACCCAGACGAGAAGAACCCAGAUGAAGAAACACCACUGUUUUGUGCGGCAAGAUUGGGACACGGCGGAAUGGUCAAGGAACUACCUUUAAGCGGUAGAGUCGACAUCAACUUUAAUUGCUGGGGAUAUACCCCGCUUUGCUAUGCGGCAUGGAACGGUCAUGAAGAAGAUGUCAAUCUGCUUCUUGAUACCGAUGGCAUUAAUUUGGAUUACACUCAUCCCGAUGGGAAAACAGCUAUAUGCUUAGCAGCAGAAUCAGGCCAUCAGUCGGUUGUCAAAUUUCUGAUCGCAGCAGGCGCCGAUAUAGGCGGUAAAGGGCAUACCAGGCUAUGGCCGCUUUUAGGAGCAGCACGGUGUGGACAUGAGUCGAUCGUUAGGAUGCUGCUGGCCACAGGUAGAGCCAACCCAAACACUACAAACAGCGAGGGCGAAUCUCCACUAUCUUUGGCGAAAGAGCAUUGCCAUGAAGCGAUUAUCAAGGCCCUAGAGCUGGAAUUAGACCUAGCACUCACCCGCGGGUAA